GAAGCCUCCAGGCUGGGGCUCUGCAUGGCUGAUGCCUGAGGACCUGGCCAGCCCCACCUCACAGAGGUAGGUCCAGCACUCAGCAAGGAUGACCACAACACCAGGAGGGUCACAGGCUACUGAUAUAAUACAAAGCAGGUGGCAGACUCUGGGCCCCUGGGUCUGGCUAUGGGAAUCCGUGGAGCCCCCUGACUCUCCAAGGACACGGAGGUGUCCAGGAGUGAAGGCCACCCUGCCCCCACCCUCCAGUGUACACACUCUCCACCCUCCCACAGGCACAAACACAGGAUCCAGGCUGGCAGCUGGGCCAGGCCCCGCCCGCUUGUCACACUGUUUUCCUCAGAGUGCCUUCCUGAGCACUGCUAUUUUUGGCCCUCGUGACAGUAAUUGAUGACUGGAGGAAAGGUAUAAAAGUGGCCAGCAGGCUUCAAAGCUUGCCAGACAGCACAGGGAGAAGCUUCCAUUGCGGACAUUGGAUAUCAACCCACAGCACUUCGUCCUUACCGUCCUCUUCCCCGUGACCCAACACUGGACACAGGGCUCCAGCUGCCGGACUCCCACCUCUCCACCCUGGAGCUUUCUGGGGCUUCCCUUUGGAUUGGAUUGUCCUGGGUCAUCCAGCCUCCCUGCCACUCCUAGACCUUUGAGCUACAGGUUGCUCCCUCUGUUUUACUAGAAGCAAUGAGGUCCCGCCUUCUACUUUCUGUGGCCCACCUGCCCACAAUUCGAGAGACUUCAGAGGAGAUCCUGCCGGGGGGAACUGGGCAGGAUCCCCCAGCCUCUCCCAGCCUGGAUGACUAUGUGAGGUCUAUCUGUCAACUGGCACAGCCCACCUCUUUGCUUGACAAGGUCACAGCCAGAAGCCGACCCAGCAGACCCCACAGGUCACCCCGGUCCAGUGAGAAAAGUCACCCUGCAGCAUCCCUACAGGACAACACUGCCAGCUUCGGUGGUCAGCAGUCCACACUGCCCUCUGCUGGCACUACUGAUCCUUUGGACUGGAUCUUUGGGGAGUCUCAGAGAAAUGAGACAAAUAGGAGGGACCUGCUCAGAAGAACUGGCCCCUCUGCAGGACACUGGCGUGCACACAGAGAGGCCAACAGUGGCAAGCCCAGUGGGUCCCCCAGAAGGAGGCUCUUUGAAGCCAGGGCAUUUGGACACUCUCUGACAAGACCAUCACAGGAUGUGCACCAGAGCUCCAACCUGAAUAACUGGGCUUCUGGGCAGCCAGGUCGGGCCACAGCCUCCCCCUGCAACCCCCGCCCAAGUAGUAUUCUCAGAAGUCUUUACUUGCACCUCCCUGUGAUCCAUGAACUCUGACCUCUCCCCAAUAAAGGCUUCUGUAAAGAG